AUGGACACUCACGCACAUGGUGUUGAAUUGAGCGCGAAGGAUAUCUUCCACCGUCUUCAGACAUUCCUCUCCCACACCACAACCAAGUUGCAGUUCCAUAGCACUGGACUCCCGAUGGACUUCAACGCUCUGGCUUCCCAGCUGGCCGGCCUGGGCCCACCGCCUCCGGGGAUCAGUAACUCCAUCCAUAUGCCGAACAACGGCAUGUCAGAAAGCUUCAUGAACCUACUCUACCGCAAUGCGCAGCUGGAGACUGAGCUGCGCCUGGUCAAGGACCAGCUCGCACAAGCUCAGCAAUCGACCCAAUACCUCCUUCGUCUAUUGAGUGGCUCGUCGAAUCUGCAACCAGCACACAAUAUGAACAAUGGUGCAGAACCGCCCUCCGACACCAUUCUUCCCGUCAUGCGCAAGGAUUCGGUCACAGAGGUCUUGGAGAAGCCGAAGGAGUCAGUUCCUGCGGCUCCGUUAGUCAACUUCGAAGGAACAGAUUCGCUUCUUGACCUCAACGCCGUUGAGGCUGCAGCAGGCAACACUGAGCCAGCGUUACAAGCUCACAUCCACCCUCGAAAACUGAAACCAGAUUCCAUCGGCCUCGGGAUCUCCCAAACCAGCUCAUCUCGAAGCAGCAUCGCAAUGACCACCACCGAAGAAGCAACCCCUUCGUCGAGCUUCGCCAAUCCAAGCUUCAGGCAGCAGCAGCAGCAGCCUGGCUUCACCAUCAGACAGAGCGACGGCACUUCGAUGUUCGUUCCAACGCCAUCAAUGGACAACCCAUUGGAGACGCCCUUCCGCAGCAUGACUUCUUCUGAAUCACUACCGAUUCUUGGGCACGAGCACCGCAGUCUGGCAGGCAAAGCAUUUGUCUGGGUGGAGAUGACAUCAGAAGAGCUCACUGAAGUCAUUGCACGAUAUGCCAAGGAGCAUCCGAGACAUACUGCGGAGGAGUAUCGCAGCUAUUUUGAGGAUGUCAUUCGGCCCGCGUACCAUCAGCAGGAGAGGGAAAGAGCGCAGGCCAGAGAGGCACGUGGAGAGAAUGGGAGCGUUGCGAAGGAUAUCGGGGAGCCGAGCACGAACUCAUCUCAAUUUGGUGGCGAGCAAGAAGGCGCCGCUGAAGCGUCCAGUCUAGAAGGCGAGUCGUCCGGUGAGCCAAUCGAGACGCAGACGUUGGUGGAUGAGAUUCCGACUGUUGUGGAGAAGGUACCGCCGGAAGUGAAGGACGAUGUCUGCAACUCAGAGUUGGCAAACGUGGCUAGCAGCACGUCCGUCCGGUUUUUAGAAGAAAAGUCGUCAGAAGCUCUUCUCACGCGAGCCGGACCACGCUCUGAUGAGCAAACGCCGCCAAACGGGCUUGGAGCCGAAUUUGACGCGAUCGGAGGGUCCUUGGUGGCAAAGGAGCUGGAGUUUGAGGCAUCGGGCGACUUUGCUCCCGAACCUGAACUUGUGCUGGCAGCAGCCAACGUGACGCCCAGCACGACCGUCACCAGCACACCAUCGACAGCCGACUACCAGCCUCCUCGCCUCUACAAUCCCGCAGCUCUCGGCGACGCCAAAAUCCUCCAAGCUGAGUUCCAAAACCGAGUGCCAUCUCGUGGCCGUCGUCAUAUGGAUCGAAGCUCUCGGCCAGAACGACACGACUCCAAAGUUUCAAACUACCCGGGAGGAUGCGAUCGCCAAGGCUUCAACAACACAUCAUACAUCACCUAUCCCAAUGAGAUACAGGACCUCUUCGCCACUGCUGCCGAAUGCGACGAGCACCCCCAGCGAUCGGUUCUGGUGACCAACAUCCCGCCCUCCACCACACUCCUCGACGUCCUCUCCACAAUCCACUCAGGCCAGAUCUUCUCCUCAAUCUUCCUCGACACAAGCGGCAUGCGCACCAAUCCACCAAUCUCAACCGCCACUGCCCUGUUAACCUUCGUCCACGGCCGAGACGCCCUCGACUUCACCAAGAACUCUAUCCAACACCCUUUCAGCGUUCAACUCCUACCCACAGUAUCCCGCCCCAUCCACCCCUCAAUUGGAUCGUCCACCCGCAUCCUCUCCAUCUCCGACCCAAAGAACAUCUGGACCCCCAACGAAGUCGUCCUCCGCCUAAUCGCCAACGGAGUCCCUCACCCGCUCAAAGCCGAAUCCUCCACAGAAACCCCAGGACUCCUUCUCUUCCACUUCGCCAGCAUGCCCGAAGCACAAGUCGCCUACCACGCCAUAUCCCGCGACUACGCUUUCUUCGGCAACGUCGAAAAAGGCUACUUCAAGGAUCCCUGCGACAACAACAAACCCCUUCCUACCCACAGAGACGAAGAUCCAGUGCAAGUCCAAGACACUACCACUCCCCUCAACCCUUCUCAGCACCACUCCAAGCCUCAAAAGCAACAACAAAAUGUCGACGAGACAGAUGGCUCGGAGGUCGAAACCUCCCAUACUCUCCUCUCUGUGGACCCAGUCAAUCAAUCCUCCCUCCUCAAAUCUCACUCCCAACUUCCACCACCACCACCGCCAUGUCCAGCAAAAACAAUCCCCUACUCCUCCGGAAUCCACACCAAAAUCCCCUACCAAUCCAUCAUGUUCGAAGGAUGA